CGGAGUGCGUUGUCCUUGUAAUGGAUCUGCCCUCUUGGGACCCCAUGGCUUUCUUUCCUGGGCUAAGGGGCCCUUUCACCCGCAUCAGCAGAGCCCUCAGCCAGCGCUGUUUCAGCACCACCGGGACCCUGGGUGCAAUUCAGAAGAUGACGCGGGUGCGUGUGGUGGACAACAGUGCCCUGGGGAACACCCCGUACCAUCGCCCUCCUCGCUGCAUCCACGUCUACACCAAGAAUGGGGUGGGCAAGGUGGGUGACCGGAUACUGCUGGCCAUCAAGGGACAGAAGAAGAAGGCGCUCAUUGUGGGGCACCGCAUGCCUGGUCCUCGGAUGACCCCCAGGUUCGACUCUAAUAACGUGGUCCUCAUCGAGGACAACGGGAAUCCGGUGGGGACCCGCAUUAAGAUACCCAUCCCCACCAGCCUGCGCCGGAGGGAAGGCGAGUUUUCCAAGGUGCUGGCCAUUGCUCAGAACUUUGUGUGAGCAGAGCCCAGCCGCAGCGGUGGUGGGGCUCCUGAAGGAGCAGUUCCGAAAACUGCGCCCCUGCUGGCGGGGAGCUUGGGGCCCCGUGGCUGGGGAACAGUGUCCUGUGAGGAAUAAACAUUUUCACAUGUGUCUCCUU